AUGACCGACAAUUUGGAAACUCAAUCACCUCUACGCAUCGUCGUCCUCAUUUCUGGCUCUGGAACAAAUCUACAAGCUCUGAUUGAUGCACAACCCUCAUUUAGGACAAGAGCCUCGAUCGUACUUGUUCUCUCGAAUCGCAAAGCCGCAUAUGGGCUUACCAGAGCAAAAGAGGCUGGGAUCCCAACAGCAUAUCUCGCACUUCAACCCUAUCUCAAAUCCAACCCAGGAAAAUCAAGAGACGACUAUGAUGCAGAGGUGGCGCGGAUGGUGCUCAAGGCUCGUCCCGACCUGGUCGUCCUUGCAGGCUGGAUGCACGUCCUUGGGGACGGGUUUCUAGAUUUAAUAUCUCGACCGCCUUCGGAGACAGAAGAGAGUGCUGAGUCGAUACCAACGACGCACGUCUUCCCCAUCCCAGCGAUAAACCUGCAUCCAGCGCUACCUGGAGCGUUCGAUGGAACACAUGCGAUUGACAGAGCAUGGGAGGCUUACAAAGCGGGAACGCUCGAUCAUACAGGCGUCAUGGUUCAUCGAGUCGUCAGACAGGUCGACGCAGGAGAGCCGAUCCUCGUCCGCGAGAUUCCGUUCAGAGAGGACGAAACAAAGGAACAGUUUGAGGAGCGACUCCACGGUGUCGAAUGGGAAGUCAUUGUCGAAGCCACGAACAAAAUCCUUACAGAACGACUUGAGCAGUGUACUGUACGCCAGUCGUAG